AUGGACGAGCAACAGUUUGUGCAGCUGCUCGAGGGCCUUUUGCAGCCUGACACUGAACGGGUCAAGUCUGCGACCUCCACGCUCAACAAACAAUACUACAAUUCUCCAGCCUCUCUGAACGCCCUUCUUCAAAUUCUCUGUGGCCACCCAAAAUCUGAGCUUCGUCAGUUGGCUGCUGUCGAAGCGAGGAAGCUAGUGACAAGGCAUUGGGCCCAUCUGUCUGCCGACCAAAAGAACUCUCUUCGUACCCAAUUGUUCCAGUUCACGCUCAACGAGGAUGUCACCCUUACGCGUCACUCGGCUGCCCGUGUCAUUGCCGCCAUCGCUUCCCAAGACUUCGAGGAUGGCGAAUGGGCGGACCUCCCUGGGCUUCUACACCAGGCUGCGACAAGCCCAACUGCCCGACACCGCGAAGUGGGUACUUACAUCAUCUGGACCACACUAGAGUCCGUUGGCGAUGCGUUCCCGGGCAAGCAGGCCGACUUGUACAAGCUCUUCAGCACCACCAUCCAAGAUCCUGAGAGCGUCGAGGUCAAGAUCAACACUCUGCUCGGUCUCAGCCGCCUUGCAAUGCUCCUGGAGCCUGAUGAGGACCCCAAAGCACUAGCCCUUUUCCAAGAGUCCAUCCCGGGUAUGGUCACUGUCCUCAAGAGCACUGUUGAUGUGGGCGACGAAGACCGCGCCAUGCAGGCUUUCGAAGUCUUCCAGACUCUCCUUGGGUGCGAGUCUGCACUGUUGGCCAAGCAUUUUGGCGACCUUGUCAAGUUCAUGCUUGAGCUUGCUUCCAGCACCAAUGUUGAGGACGACUACCGUUCCCAGGCGCUUGCAUUCUUGAUGCAGUGUGUCCGCUACAGGAAACUCAAAGUCCAGGCUUUGAGGAUAGGUGAGGAAUUGACGCUCAAAGCUCUGCACAUCGUCACUGAGCUCGGCGACCUCUCUAGCGAAGAUGAGGAUGUUACGCCCGCCCGUUCUGCACUCGGCCUACUCGACAUCCUUGCGUCGAGCUUGCCUCCUAGCCAGGUCGUCAUUCCCCUCCUCAAGAACCUUGGCAAUUACUUCUCUUCUCAAAAUCCCGACUACCGCCAGGCUGGUAUCUUGGCUUUGGGCAUGUGUGUUGAGGGAGCCCCAGACUUCAUUGCCACUCAGCUCAAUGAGAUUAUGCCCAUGGUCCUCCACCUGCUCGAGGACCCCGAGCUUAAGGUUCGCGCUGCUGCACUCAACGGUGUUGCCCGCUUGGCCGAUGACUUGGCAGAGGAUGUUGGCAAGGAGCACGCCAGGCUUAUUCCCGCUAUGCUUAAGAACUUUGAUCUCGCCGCAAGCAAUAUUCAGGGUCCAGAUGAUGAGCGCAAUCUGUCCAUCAUCCGCGGUAGCUGUCACGCCAUCGACUCAUUGAUUGAAGGUCUCGAGCCAGAAGAUGCUGGCAAGUAUGUCCCGGAGUUGAUUCCGCGAUUCAGCAAGCUGUUCCACUAUGAUGAUCUCAAGGUCAAGACCGCGGCUAUUGGCGCUGUUGGUUCCAUUGCAUCCGCUGCUGAGAAGGCAUUCCUGCCCUUCUUCGAGCAAACCAUGAGCGAGCUGUCGCAGUAUGUUAGGAUCAAGGACAGCCAAGACGAGUUGGACCUCCGUGGUGUAACGUGUGACUCUAUGGGUAAGAUCGCCUCUGCUGUUGGCCCUCAGCCAUUCGAGCCUUAUGUCCUUCCUCUCAUGGAGGCUUCCGAAGAAGCCCUUCAUCUCGAUCAUCCCCGUCUUCGUGAGACAAGCUACAUUUUGUGGAGCACAAUGGCCAAGGUUUACGAGGAGCAGUUCGCCAAGUACUUGCCUGGCGCCGUCAAGGGUCUGCAAGACUGCCUUGAGCAAGAGGAGACUGGGCUCGAUGUUGAGCUCGGUGAGGAGGCCGCAGAGAUGGCCGGCGGUGAAGUUGUUGUCCAGGGUGGCAAGAUCAAGGUUUCCUCCCACAAUGAUGACGACGAUGACAGCGAUCUGAACGAAGCUGCGAUGGGUGACGAAGAUGAUGACGAUUGGGAUGACCUUGAGGGUGUCUCCGCUGUCGCUAUGGAGAAGGAGAUUGCGGCUGAAGUAUAUGGAGACAUCAUUACUCACACUCGCCGCGAGUACAUUCCUUACUUGGAAACCACUGUGACUAAGUUGCUUGAGCUUGUCGAUCACUCAUAUGAAGGGAUCCGCAAGGCCGCCCUCGGCACUCUAUGGCGCACAUACGCUUGUCUUUUCGGCAUGGCUGAGGGUGACGGCAUGGGCAAGUGGCAGCCUGGCUUGCCUCUCGCAGUUGAGGUUCCAGAUGAGCUGAAGAAGCUGGGCAAUCUUGUCAUGACCGCAACCAUGUCGAUCUGGCAAGACGAGAUGGACCGGGGAACUGUUACUGACAUGAACCGUGAUAUCGCUGCGACCUUGAAGCUCUGCGGUCCCGCUCCACUCAUGACAGAAAAUGGUACUGUUGUGCCCGACCUGUGCCAGCAGCUACUCGCUGUGAUCACUAAGCGUCAUCCUUGCCAGCAGGAUCUAGGUGACGAGGCUGAAGAGGACAUCCUGGAAGAGUCGUCCGAGUACGACUGGCUCGUCAUUGAGACUGCCCUUGAAGUUGUCACUUGCCUUUCCGUCGCUUUGGGUUCUCAGUUCGCCGAGCUCUGGAAAAUGUUUGAGAAGCCAAUUGUCAAGUAUGCUAGUAGCCAGGAGUCUACUGAGCGCAGCGCCGCCGUUGGUACCAUUGCGGAGUGUGUUGGGAACAUGGGUGCUGGUUGCACGCCGUACACUAGUGGACUUUUGAAGCUUCUGCUCCACCGCCUGUCUGACGAAGACCCGGAGACCAAGUCCAAUGCCGUCUAUGGUAUUGGUUUGCUGUGCGAGAUGACAACCAAUGAUGAUGAAAUUCUCAAGUCGCUGCCUGCUAUCUUCUCGAAACUGGAGCCUCUUCUCGACGCACAGGACCAGGCACGUCUGCUGGACAACACAGCUGGAUGCGUGAGCCGCUUCAUCAGCAAGCACCCCAACAAGCUUCCCAUCGCCGAGGUCCUGCCCCGCCUUGUGCAGCUGUUGCCUCUUCGUGAGGACUACGAGGAGAACAAGCCUGUGUUUGGCAUGAUUGUUAAGCUCUACCAGCAAAACGAGCCGACGGUUCAACAACUCACGCCUACAUUGAUGUCAGUCUUUGAAAAGGUGCUUGGUGCGCCCGAGGAGCAGCUCGAGGACGAGACACGGUCGCAGCUGGUGGAACUGGUGCAGUAUUUGCGGAAGUAG